UCAAAGCUUAUCUUAAGGCAGGCCAAUAUCAUACCUUAGUUCUCGUCAUUACACACAGCACAGUAUGGUCGACUUACACUUGGCGACACACACCUAAUGUGUUGAUUUGUUAUUGUUUACAUUUUCGGUUUAUUUUUGGAUGAUAUCAUUUUUUCUGAACUAAAUUUUUUUUAUAGUGAAUUAGUCCAUGGUUUACUUAAGGCUUGCCUUAAAAAGCCGAUAGAAGUAGAGAACAUGAUCGUAAACAUUUAAUAGAGACAUGUGAAGUGUUAUUUUUAAUGACACAAUAUUUUAUUCGAAUUAAUAUUUUUAUUUUCUCAGAAGAAAGUGUUUUUGUGUCGAAUUGUUUCAAUGUUUUUUAUUUGUUUUUAUUUUCAAGAAUCCGAGUCUAGCAAUAAAUUUUUCUGUGUAUUUAGGUGAAUACUAGAAUCUUUGUAGUCUGGAUGACAAACAUGACUCAGUUCAAUGAAAAUUACUUUAUAAGUACCGACUAAGAUUUAAUUUAUAUUGAUUCAAUUUUUUUUUCCAUUUCUAUCCAAGUGUAGGGAUUAUUAUUGUUUAAGUUAUAAAAAAAAAUUUCAUUUUAUUUUAAAAUUCUGAAGUAUAUUUAAGUAUAACAAAAGACCAAUAAAAACUUUUCUUGACUAGAUCUAAUUAUAAAUAGAUGCAUGACAUCUUAUUUGAAGCAUAAAGCUGCUUAAAAUGUGUUUCAUAUAUAUUUGAAAUCACGACACAAUUGCGUUUUGAGAACAACGCCUCUCCAUUCAUCGUUAUAAUCUUGUGUGAUUUUUAAAGUAAAAACAUAAACCCAAGAAAAAUGACUUAUAAAUACAUUUCUUUAUUUGCGAAGGCUUAUUUUUUACUGUGCUGUGUGUAAGGAUUAGCACUUCUAGGAAAUAUUACGUCAACCUUUACUUAAGAUAAGAAAUCAAGUUUUAAAAGUCUCGGCCAACCGAACUGUGUGUGUGAUAUGUGUGCGUAAUGUCGUCGCAAAAGGUUGUUGCCAGAUUGGCUUUUGUUUACUUUUUUGUUUGGUCUCAAGUGUUGGCCAGACUCGACAAUCUUGUGCCAGUUGGGGUAGAAUACACCCAUCGUGACGUCAAAGACCAGCAUUUACCGAGUAGUUUGAAUGUCACCAUCAGAACACCAACACAAACAGCUGAGCUACAGUUAGAGCAGGUUGAGCACAUCCAUUUGGGAAUACCCGUUUACUCGCUAAAAAUAGAUCAAGAUGGAGAACUCAUCCGUACAAAAGAGAUACUGAAAGAACGUAAGAAUGUGGGCUACUACCAAGACAUAAAAAACAAUGCCGUAAUCCAGGUCUCAAAACCACAAGAUUCCAACUCUAAGAAGGAUAAAUUGUUAUUGAAAGGGGAGAUCACUUUAGGUGGGUCCAAAUACUUCAUCGACUCAAAGAAACAAAUAUACAAGACAGGGUCAGCUACACAGGAGGAGGAGUACAGUCUGGAACCAAGGCCACAGCAAGACGCUGGUCAGUGCCGCUCUCUGGAACUACAAUUAAACGAAACAAUAAAAAUCAAACGACAAAACCUGUCAGUAGUGUCGUCUGCAUAUGGUAGUCAGCACAAGUCUAUAAAUAGAACAACCCAAACAACCAACACAAAACGUCACCGUCGACAAGCAUCUGUAACGUAUUAUAUUGAUGUGGUGGCGGUGGUCGACAAUGGCGCGUAUCAACGAUUUCUAUCACAGGCCAACAACGACAGGCAGACUGCCUUCCACAAGCUACAGGAAUAUUAUGCCUUUAUCUUUAAUGGGGUGGACAUGCUGUAUCGCGACAUCUGGCCAGAGUACGAGAUUAGAGUCAGACUUAACGCAAUACACGUCGCUGAGACUCUAGCGACGUCGGAGUUCACUGAAAAGUUUAAUAAAGGCGGUCAAGUGGACGCCGAGAAAGCCAUCAGCGCAUUCAAAGUGUUUUGUGUGGUCAAAGCUAAUUGGCUGUUGCGGUACGACCACGCCAUGUUGUUCACCGGCUACGACUUAACGAGCGUUGAAUACUAUGGUGUCUCAAAGUCUAUUGUUGGCUUGGCGUACACGACGACCAUGUGUCAGAAGGACGGGACAAGCGUCUCAAUCAUCGAGGACAUGGGCGGCUAUGAGGCCAUCCACACCGCCACCCACGAGCUAGGUCACAGCUUGUCGGCCAGACAUGACGGGGAGGGCAACACCUGUCGUCUGUCAGACCGUUACAUCAUGGCGGCAUCCAGCUACAACCAGACAGACGACAACCGCUACAACCCCUGGCAGUUUUCUCGCUGCUCUAAGUCCUACAUCAACGGCUACAUCAACCAGUUGGUUGGGACUCAGCGUGCCCAGUGCCUGAUUGAGAAACAGCCAAUCAGCGAAGUCCUUCCAUACGUCGACCAGCGUCUGCUGGGUCAAGAGUUGCCACCAGACGAACAAUGUAAACAGAUUUAUGGCGCCAAAUCUUUCUACUGUAGGACAAUCGAAGCUGGCGGCAAUGCCGGCGUGUGCACGUCCCUGUACUGUGCCGACCCUGGGGACCUAGAGAUGUGCUACAGGACGGAGGCGCUGCACGGUACAACGUGUGGGGACCGUAGGAUGUGUGUAUCCGGUCACUGUGUGACACACCCUAAGGCUCAACACGUCGAUGAGAGCUGCGUGUUCGGGGACGUCCAAGGCCAGCCGUUUAACGGCCGCUCGUGUCGUCAGCUCAUCAGCACCUUCCCAGGCUACUGCUACCAGCAUGCCGUCAAGGUCAGCUGCUGCGCCAGUUGUGCGGCUGUCUUCAGACCGGUCAGGGCGUGUGAGUAUGGUGACGUGAGCACUGGUUGUCAAAGCACGUAUUGUCAGUUGUAUGACGAGCCCAUGCACUGCUGUGGCACCUGUCAACUUGGUCAGCCGUACCCUCAGGCCUCGCUCGACAUGACAGUCUGCAGUGACAGCCAGGACUUUGUCCUACCCGGGGGGUUAAAAUGUCCUGAUGUCCUUCAAGGCAAUAAACACCUGUGUUACCAGCAGACCAUCAGGGAGAGAUGCUGUAGCUCUUGUAGUGUGGUCAGCUCAGGUGUUAGGGGCUGUGAGUACGGGGACCACGCCCCCUGGAUGUGUGAAGCUCACCGGUCAUGUGACACGAACCGCGACCUCUGCUGUGUCACGUGCGCUAGUACAGCUUCUAUCAACUUCCGGUACCAUGUUGAGUUGUGGACCCUGAAACUAAGCUUGCAUGGUCUGGCUAUGCCGUUGAUAGCAAUUUUAUUUUCUAGAAUAAUCUACAACAGUUAAUCUCAAUGUCCUAGCUACAACUAUAUAUGAAUCUGUUGCUAUAAAUAAAUGUUUUUUAACAUUUCAUCUCUUACAUAUUUUUGCUACAUUUAAAAUUAAUGUCAAAAGUAAGUUAAAGGGUAAUAAGUUUUUAGAAAGAUUAUUUGUUACUUUAUCAUUGUUAAUUCCCUUUUUUAUGCUGCCUUUUUAUCCAUGAUAUAUAGUUUUAUAUAUGUUACGGUCAAAGCCCGAAGUGCGGCCAAUGCUAGGAUUGGCCGGCCUAUCCGCGCGUUGGCCGGCUCUCUUGGCCAAAGCCCGAAGAACUUAGCACUCAGAUCGUAUUUCGUACAUUGGCCGGCCAAUGCGCGCACUGGCCAGGACGUACUGG